AAAAACUAUUUAAUAAACCGUUAAUUCAUUUACAAAUGUUCAGCAACAGCAAUUAACUGUGUUCCUAUUUAUUUCAGUAUUGAAUCUCCAUUACAAUGUUACUCAAACUUUUUAUUGUUUUCACAUUGUACUCAUCAAUCUCAACACUCAGUACCAACAGUUUGGUGGACUUGCCAUUAAAAAUACCUGAAGGAAGUUCAGUGAUUAAUGCUACUAUAACAACUGCCAGUGGAUUUAAAAAUUAUUUUAUACAAGAGUUGAUAUCAUCUUCUGGUUCAUCCAUCAAAGGUAAAAUUUUGAUCUCAAGCGCUAAAGAUUCCUACUCAAUACAUUAUAAUGCUGAUUCGUAUACUGGUGUGGACAGUAAGGAACGGUUGGUUAUUCAAGGUACAAACUGUUUGCUAUUAACUUACAAGAAUAGUUGGGAUAAAACUUUACCUGGAAUUAAAAGACCUUUAAUUAACCUGAUUCUUUUGAUGGGACCUUCGAUAUUUUAUCGACUUGAUCAUUCGUCGCUUGUUUGGACACCGGUAAAAAAUGAAAAGAUUAGAGGAAUCAUGAUGAAAGGCGAAUCAACUGAAAUCAAUAAAAGGUUGAAAAUAACUUAUUAUUACAAAAGUCAUCUUGAUCGCCAAUCUGGAAUAGAAAGUCCAAGUAGAAUUGAAUUUAAUGGCUAUGAUCCAGCUUCAAGUACCUUUCCAAGCGAAGAGAAUAUCAUUUUAGAUAUCUAUUCUAUUCUGCAUGUGGAUAAUUAUUUUGAGAAUGAUAUUGCUCACAAUCUACUUCAGAAUGGGGUUCAACCUCCACCUGGAAUUGGAUGUCCACAUUACUUUUCUGGUGAUAAAGAAAUGCCAGGAUUGAGAGUUUUUCACAUGCAAUUCACCAUGGAUGAACGAAUCCAAGGUUCAACUGCGUCUCGAACAAUUAGUCGGAUUUAUGCUGCCCAAUAUUACGAGUUUUUGAAGAUUAAAGCAUCAUUGCUUGGUUCAAUAAGUGAAAUUAUUUACGACUAUGGACUCGGAGUUGCUUUUAAUGUUGAUGAGGGUGGAUCUGUUGCUGUGGCAUCCAUAGACUCGAAUACCCCUGGAAUCGACUCCAAUGGUAAUUUUGCUUUGUCUAGCCUUUUCAUGCUCGAUGGUAGCUUUAAAUAUCUUGGGAAACUCAACUUGCAACAUCGAUCUGGAAUCCCGGUUGAAGCAUGGGAAUCAGUUCAAUUCAAUGUUAACAUCAAUGGAAAGAAAGCGGACAAAGCCGUCAUUACUCAAUAUUUUGCUCAAUCGCAUUAUGAAGACAUAUUUUGGGGUUAUACUCUUGUCAGUACCAAGAUUUCCAUCUAUCAUUAUGAUCAAGCGAAAAAAGUUUACACUUGGACAGAUGCAAUUACAAGAGAUUACAUGGACUUUCAAGAUGCUCAAACUAUGGAGAAUAUUCGUUUUUUGACAGAAAAGGGCGAUUUCGCGUCUAGUGAUAGUAAAUUGAUACUUAAUUUCAUAUUAGAGUGCGAUGUUUCAGGUCCUGCAUACGCUUCGUGUAUCAAACACACGGAGGAUCGUGUUUACUGGUUGAAAGGAGACUUCCUUUAUUUUGUACUUUUGCCUAAACCAGUAAGUCUUCUGCGAAUUAGUGAUAUUCAAUAUCGAUUCUCUGAUACAAAAGUCGAAAUGGAAGUAACAUUUCUCGAUCUACCGCAUUUGGAAUAUAUUUUCAACUCUAAAACUAUGUCUAUCAGUGAAGCGACAUUCGAUAAGAUGAUGAAAACUAAGGCUAACAAUGAACCCGAAUGCCUAGAAAGAUUAUCACGAUAUCAAGAGACAAUCAAAGUUGCAAUUUAUAGAUCUUCGGAUCUUGUCUGUGGAUACUUGAGUAAUCUUGAUGAUCUCAAGGAAGAUACUAAACAAGGACAAUCAGCAAGUGUCUAUCUCUUUCCACUGAACAAUUUGCAUCGAGUUAAACAAGAGUUGACACUUGACCAAAUUCAUGAUGCAUACUUGCAAGAUGUUGGUAUGAAAUUCCAUGUAUUCAACGGAGACGAAGAUAUAAUUUUUAAGAUUAACGAUGUGAUCGACAAAACUAAAACGCAAACUGACUCUAAUGACGAUAUAACUUCUCAAAUCGGACUGUAUGAAAAGUUGAAAAUCGAUGAUCAAUUCACUUUGUCUGUACCUGAUGUAAAAAAUUUUGCUGAUUGUUACCGAAACUGUCAUGAUUCUGAUCAAGUUCCAUGCAUUACUUUUUCAUUCUGCAACACUGAUGGUAAAAUUGACUGUAGAGUAAGCAGUUUGCAUCCUUCUGAAAUUGCUACUCGUAAUCAGUCAGUUGAAACUGACCCAAAAUGUGAAAUUUUUUCUAUAAAUGCUCUUGCGGAUUAUUCGAGAAAAUCCAACAGAAAAUUCAUAACUCAGCUGUCAAUUGCAACCGAAAAAGAUUCUGUACAUUCUUGUGCAAAGGCUUGUCAUGCCUCAUCGGAAUGUAUAUCUUUUCAAUACUGUGAUGGUUAUUGUAGUUUAGGUGAUUUAUUGUACACAGAUUCAGCUACUGAAUAUGAUGAAGAAUGCAUGAUAUAUACUCGCAAAGUAUCUGAAAGAUAUCAAAGAACAGGUAGCGAAAUAGUAUCAGAUGUGAUGCUGACCGAAACCAAAUUAACCUUAGACCAAUGUGCUUCAUUAUGCUAUGAGUUAUCUGAUGGCGAUGAAACUGGAUGUAAAUCUUUCAAUUACUGUCCUAAGAGUAGAACAGAAAGUUCUUGUUCAUUAACUCAUUUUUCAGUCAAAAGUCCUAAUACAAAAACCACUGAUGGAGGUCAUUGUUCCAAUUAUGAGUUGAAAGAAUCGAAUGGAAAGAAACGAAAAGAAUCCAGUUCAUUUGAAGUGGUUAAAGGGACGACGGGAUCAGGUGCUUUUGGUAUCAUAAUUUUGUUCCUGUUUGUCGGUCUUGGAUUGGGAUUUAUUGCUCCAUUUGCUUACUCAAAGGUUAAACAGAUGCAUGAUGCUUCAAAGGCCAAUGAAGAUUUCACUUGGAGAAGACAACAAGAUGAGCAACAACUUGAAAAUGCCUAUUGAAUAUAACUAUUUGCAAAUAUCAAUAUUAUACAUAUUGUAUUAAAUGAAUUGGGAAUGAA